AUGGCAGCCGCCGCCUAUGUGGACCACUUCGCCGCCGAGUGCCUCGUGUCCAUGUCGAACCGCGCGGUCGUGCACGGGCCGCGGGAGGGGCCGGAGCCCGGACCCGAGGGCGCGGCCGCUGUGGCCGCCACGCUGCCCCGCGUCGAAGAACGCCGCGACGGCAAGGACAGUGCCUCGCUCUUCGUAGUGGCGCGGAUCCUAGCGGACCUUAACCAGCAAGCGCCGGCGCCCGCCCCAGCGGAGCGCAGAGAAGGCGCCGCGGCCCGGAAGGCGAGGACCCCCUGCCGCCUGCCGCCCGCGCCGCCACCCGCCCCCGAGCCCGCCUCCCCCGGCGCCAGUGGCGCGGCGGCCGCGCCCCUCAGCCCGGCGUGGAGCGAGCCCGAGCCCGAACCCGAGGCGGGGCUGGAGCCCGAGCGAGAGCCGGGGCCCGCGGGGAGCGGCGAGCCCGGCCUCAGACAAAGGGGCCGGCGGGGCCGAAGUCGCACCGACCUCGAGUCCCCGCAGAGAAAGCACAAGUGCCACUACGCGGGCUGCGAGAAAGUUUACGGGAAAUCCUCGCACCUCAAGGCGCACCUGAGAACUCACACAGGAGAGCGCCCCUUCGCCUGCAGCUGGCAGGACUGCAACAAGAAGUUCGCGCGCUCUGACGAGUUGGCGCGGCACUACCGCACACACACGGGGGAAAAGAAGUUCAGCUGCCCCAUCUGCGACAAGCGCUUCAUGCGCAGCGACCACCUGACCAAGCACGCGCGCCGCCACGCCAAUUUCCACCCCGGGAUGCUGCAGCGGCGCGGCGGGGGUUCGCGAACCGGCUCGCUUAGCGACUACAGCCGCUCUGACGCCAGCAGCCCCACCAUCAGCCCAGCCAGCUCGCCCUGAGCGCCUGCGCGCGGGGCGGGGCCUGUGGCAAGCCACGCCCCACCCAGGCCAUGCCACGCCCUGAUGCCCCGCCUCCUUACCACAGCCAUGAGCAGAUGCUCUCACUUCUCGUGAUUCUGUGUCUUUACCUUUUGUAACAAGAAGAGAGAAGAAAAAAAGAGAGAACUUUAUGAAGUCGACGACAACAACAACAACAAAAAAACCAAUUUUAUUCACCUCAGGUGUCAAAUUUGUAAAACACAAAAAAAAACAAAAAAAACCACAAUGAAAAAAAAUUCCAAAAAACACCAUCCACAAUUGCACAAGAGACAUACCCACGCAGGUGAGAUUCAGUGGUGUUGAGCCUUCCCCCCCUUUCUCAGGGAUGGACAUGUUCCAUGAGGUCAGUGAGGACACCCCCUUCCUGCCGCCUUAUUCUGUACAUAGAUUUCCACUCUGGAGUUUCCUUUAAGGUUUGGGCACACACUGGGGGCGGAGCAGUGCAGGUGGAGCUCCCCGCGGGCGGCAGAUGGAGCGGUAGUCACCAGCCUUGUGCUUUUAGGGCAGACCCCUGAGCAGGGCCCAUGGCUCCCUCUUCCUGCCCCCUGCCCAGCCUCAGGCUCGCCCCAGCGGCAGUGGGCUAAGAAUGCAGAGGGCUAUGAGGGACACCUCAAGCCGUGAUGGGCGAGGGGAACAGUCCUCACCUCGGGGACCCUGCCCAGGUCCCUCUCAAGCGCUGGAAGCAGAGAUGCAAUCCUGGGUUGGGCAGACCGAUGCACCGUCUGAUGUCCACACGGCUGUGCGAUGCUGUGUCCCCUCAGAAGGCGCCAGGACCUUCCACUAUUAUACCACAUCCUCUGACUGGCCUCCUACAAGGAUGUCCAAAGGUGUCACCGGUGCAUCCAGUUCCUACAUUUUCCCCGACUGACCCUGCUCGUGAGACGCCUUUGUUUGACACGGUGGGUAAAGCGGGGCUCUGUGCGUGUGGCCUGCAGUGGCCGUGCGUAGCACUCCAUGGAGACUGUUCGGUAGCAAGAGACCGGAACAUUGUGACUUGGAACUUUGGGGGGUAGCAAGGCGGAUGCUAUGGGAAAUGCAGUUGGAGAACAUACAUUCUCUUUCCUCCCCGGGGAGCACCGGACAGAAGUUGUGGGAAGUGCUUUUUUUCAGACCCACCGUGUCCCCAGCUGAGACUCAGCGAACGCUCAGCUUCUCCGUGAGCUGUGUCCCCUGGACUCCUCCCUCCCUGGUCUCCCCCUCCCACCUGGGAGGCCCCAGCCCACCCCCAGCCUUGGGGCACUGGGGUGUAGGGUCCCCAUUGCCAGCCUUCCCGAGCAGAGAGCUGGGGUCAUCUCUCCGGGAGCCCCGACCCGGGCAGGUGGGUCAGGCAGGCUCCAGCAUGCUCCGCUGUGGAGAGCUGGGGCAGCCCCCGCCCAAGCACCUCCCUGGCCUUCCUCCAGGGAGUCAGGGCCUGUAAAUACAAGUCCCCAGGACAGUGUGUGUAUGUGUGUGUGUGUGUGUAUGUGUGUGUGUGUUGGGGCAGGGGUGUGGGUUUGGGAAGGACUUGGGGUAUCUUGCAGAGACCUCUGUUCAUUUCGAUGAGGAGGAAUGACCCUUGGGACCUCAGAGGGCCGUAGAGGGGCUUCCCUGAGCCCAGAGUGCCUUGGCUGUGGCCAUCUUGCUUCUGCCCCCACCCGAUCACAAUGAGGGUUACAGUACGGAGGAGGUCCGGAGACCCAGCCCCAGCUGGUGCUCAUGGGCCCUGGGCGGCUCCAGAGCACAUGGGCGCCCCCAUGUCCUUAGCAACUGCCAUCCUCUGUGCUCCGGGUGCCCAUUUCUAACUCUGCUGUGUCAGCUGGGGUCAGCCAGUGGUGUGAUGGUGGCUUCUGAGAGCAUGGCAGGUACGAGGUGGGCAGGUGCAUUGCUCUUGCUGUGCAUGGGAACCGGGCAGAAGCGGCAUGGGGGUGAGGCCUCGCCCUGGCCUCUGUUGGGGCUCGGUGGCAGCCCUGCUCGCAUUUGGUCCAGGACAGAGAACAGAAUGUGCUGGACACCUGGACAGAGCAGUGCCCUGAGCACCAGGGGUGAGAGCUUUUCAUGCCCAGUCCCCAAGUGAGGCCGGCAGGGCCCUCGGAGCUCCCUCCCAAGGCCGUUUCUGUGUGGGGCCGAGAAAGCCACACUCCGAAUACAUUUCAUGUCUCAGGAACUCACAUUCCAGGUUCAGGAAUUUUAUUCCAAAGUCCUUUGGUGCGCUCACUGCCCACGUGGUCCCCAAAGUCAGGGAGGGGGGCCACGUGCCCCGCGGGAGCCUGGUGUCUCCUUGCGACCUGGCUGUGGCAUUGCCGAGGAAAGAGGGUUUCAGAGCCGACGUCUCUCUGCACAUAGGAAGAGGGGAAAGGACUCUAAACCCAGUCAUCUUGGAAUAAAAGAAGAGCUGGUUUGUUUUUUGGGGGGGGGGUGGGGAGGGAGGGAAAGCGGGCGUUUGCUGUUCCCAAAGAGAGCACUUAAUUUAAUUUUUCCUCUAAGUGACCCAGGGCUGUUCCGUCUGCUAGAUGGAAGGGUAACAUUGCCUUAAAACAGAAAUAUGCAGGCGCGGGCUAUUUUUGGCAGAUGAGUGUGUCCUCGUUCCCAAAGCAGUUUUGGUCUAAUGGCAGGGUGCGGACCUUCUGAAGUGGGCCUGGCCCAGGACACAGGCUUCUCCUUCUCUGCCUUUGGGCAUCUGGAGAGAACUGGCUGGCACCCGGAGCACUCGGCCUGGAGCUCCAGCCAGCAGGCCAUCCUGGCUCAUCUGAGGCUAAAAUUCAUCUCACUUGAAGGGUGGGGGAAAUCCAUGCAUCUCAGGCUAGGUUCAAGUGGGCUUUUGCUAGCAUCUCAUCAUCACGACAUAUGGAAGGAGGGAGUGCAGGCCCUCCCUCACUCAGACCCCCAUGGGAGGUGGUUGCAUGGUGGUGGGGGUGGGCGGAGGACCCUGCUGAACAGCCUGCAUUUUUUUUCUAAGUAGAAUGUCUUCCCGGCCCAGGUCUGUUUCAGGGUCUUUCAUUUUUCUGGUUUAUGGCCAUGCUUGCUGGCUUCAGUGUGACAACUCCUAGAAACAGUAGUGAAAACUCCAACCUUUAUUGUGUGCUGACUAGUUCUUGUAGGCCAAGGGGGCAGAGAUCUCAAAAUGAAGGUUGCCUGAGUGAAGGGAGAGGUUCCCCUCCAAGAAGGCCUACAGGUGACCCUGGGCUCAACCUGGGGGCUGGUGUUUGGCCCUUGUCCCAAACAAGGAAGCCCUCAGCAUCAGCCAUAUUAGGGUUGUCAGCACCCCAAACGCCUACCCUGUUCUAUAGCUAUGAGGAAAGAUGAGCCCCUUCCACAGCAGGCCAUGGGGUGCUGUGUGGGGAUGGGCAGUGAUGCCCUUGAUGGGGAUGUGACCCUGCGGGUGCCCGCCUUCCACCCUGCUGCAGCCCAUGCACUGCACUGAAGGUGCAGGGUGACCGCUUUACUGAGGCCAGGCAUCCCGGCAGGUGCAGGAUUUGCCAGGGUGCAGCCUCCAGGUGCACACUUCAGCAGCUGCACGGGGCUCCCCAGACCUCCCCAUGCUCUUGGUCACAGCUUAGACCAGGGUGGCGGGGUGGGAGGCAACUUAGAGGCAGGGACAGACAGCAGGCCAUCAGUGCCCCCCAGCCCAUUUGUUGGGACAUAAGGACAGGGCUGGCGGCUUUCUGGGGUCCAAGUGAAGUGCGGCAGGAGCGGGGUCUCCAUUCAAGUCUCCUGCCCUCCAUCCCACUGUCCCCAGAAAAUAUGGCCGCUUUUCUUGCCAGAAGCAGGGCUAAGGUGGCUGCAGGGUCAGAGCGCCCCAAGGGACUCGCUCCUUGAGCUCAGCGAGCGAAGGACCACCCAGCAGGGAAGCAUGACCUGAGCAAUAGCGUCCCCUUGAUGCUCAUCUCCUGGUUUCAGCUAUGUUUACAAGGCUACCUGAUAUUUUUUUUCUUCUAACAGCUGUCACUUUCUUUUUUUUUUUUUUUUUAAUUUUCUUAACCCGUUUACAAAGUCAUUCAAAGACUCAGUGCUGAAGGGUUUGAAGACUGAUGGGUUGGUCACACUGCAGCCAGUAAGAAAUGCUCUACAGGUCACCCACAUCUUUGCUGUCCAAAGAUCCCACAUUCAAUUCUGGUGACCGUUUAUCUUCCAAAGCUAAAACCAAGGGUGUGGGCCGAGACGUUUCUUGAAUUCAGGAUUGCCCUGCAGAAAGCCAGGUCCUGUAACUUAUUCUCCUGACUCCAAGACUUGAGCUUCAAAGGUUUGUCCCAGACACAUUCCAGAGAAUUUUGUAUCAGAACUCAGAUGCACCGUCCAGCUUACUACUGAUAAAUGCCUGAACACUGUUCAGGGAGAAGCCCUUCCUCCCGCCCGCUACUCUGUCUCAUCAGUUAGAAGAGUUGGAUGUGGUGGGAGGCAGUAGCCCAGGGCUGUACUUGGUUUCUACUGAACCCUUCUUGCCAUUUGGGACUUGCAGUGUGCCCCCUGGCCCCACCCAGCCUCUCCCCUUCUCGUGCAGCUUUAAAUUUACUUUUAUUUAAAGAGGAACGGAUGAGAGCAAGUUGCUUCCCCUGCCCUGAACACCUUGCAUUCCCUGUGGGGGACACAGAAGACAUGGGAGACGGGGGAGGGGUGCAUGAGCAGCCUUCUCCCAGGGCUGUCUUCCUGGUGAUAUGAUGACAGGCUGCUGCACAUGUUUGUUUGGAAACCAAGCCAAAUGCCUGCCAGGCAACCAGAGGUCUGGGUGAAGGUUGUCUCCCCUACUCAGCCCAGGAGCACCUGUCCCAGGCCAGCCUGCCAUCCCUGGAGCAGGGGGCCACCUCCCAGGGUCCAUUCCUGGGUCAGGGUGCCUGGCUCUGGGCAUGUGGGCAGGAGGCUCACCUUGGAACAUCCCUGUGGCAAGCACCAAGGACCCUGAGGGCUGGAGGGUAGCUGAGCAGCUGUGCAUUGUUGGGGGCAGGGCCAUUAUGGCUCCCACAGGCCAGGAAUCUGCCCAGGAAUCUCUGUGCUGGGUGCACUAGGGGUCUCAGCCACCCUGGACUUCACAGACUGCCCCUCUUCCCAAAGCCAUUGAUGGAGCUUCUCUGGGAUUGUUUGCCAAACCCCACGGUAGACUCCAAGGGUCCAAGACCAUUUCCAUCGAGCACACUUUUCUUUUCUGUAGGAACUUUUGGUUUUGUUUUGUUUUGUUUUUUUAACCAGCACCACACCAUGCUUCCGAAGGCCACGUCUCGUCUUUCCCGGAUCACUACAGUGAAGUAUUACAGUUGUACAGUUCCCAAUCUGGCCUUGGCUUGCUCGGAUAAAACUUUGUAUGUAUUUUGUAAGGCAUAGAUUCUAUAUUGUAAUGACGUCCUAUGCAAAAAGAAAAAAAAAUUAACGAAACUGUAAAUUUUAUUGUUUUAACGUGUAUGCAUGUUUAGUGACGUUUACAUUUUGAAAUAAAAUUUAUGAUUCAUUA